AUGCAGGCCGAAGUUGACGCUACCCAGGACACCGAGUUCCACGAUGCAUUGAGGGCGCACGGCAUCAUCCCGCCGAAGCCGCCAUCGCGCUCGCCAUCGCCCGAGCUCCCGUCUGCAGGCGAGAUGCGCUCGCAAGCACUCAAACAAGCCACCGUCGACGACCUCGACCUCGAGUUGGAGAAUGAGCUGGACGACGAGGAGGAGAAGCUGCUCGAAAAGAUUCGCAGGCAACGAAUGUCGCAGCUCCGCGCAGAGACCAAGAAGGAACGCUUCGGACGAGUAUACCCCAUCAGCAGACCCGAUUAUACACGCGAGGUGACAGAAGCGAGCAAGGAAGACCCAGAUGCAGAUCCCGAUGCACAGAAGCAAGAUGACCACGAAAGCAACGGCAACGGCACGGAAGCAGACGGAGUGGACAAGCAGCGUCAGGGCGGCACAGGGGUGGUGUGCUUCCUGUACAAGGACGGCAUCGACACAUGUCGACUCCUCGCUGGCUACCUCGAUACGCUAGCCGCCAAGUUCCCUUCUACCAAAUUCGUCAGCAUCGUCGGCGAUCAGUGCAUCCCCAACUAUCCGGACCGAAACCUGCCAACGCUCCUCGUCUAUCGAAAUGGCGAACUGCACCGUCAGAUCGUAGGCUUGCGGCCUGAGAUCGGGUUGGACGGUAUGAAGACCAAAUGCGAGGAUAUCGAGCUGUUGUUGACAGCGGUAGGUGCGAUUAAGAGGUCAAACGUUCCCGGCGCACCGACACAUCUUGGGUCACAGAAGCCGGAUACUAUCGAGGAAGGCGAUGAAGAGGAGGAGGAAGAGGGUGGAGCUAGACAGAGAAGCAUCCGACAGAAGACACAGGAAGAGCUGGAUGACGAGCUUGAUUGGGAUUAA